CAUGGGCCUCCACAGGCUUUUUAAACAAUUAAUACAAGUCAUCGCUGUUUCCAUCCAGAUCUCAACUUUCCGAAUCCAUCAUCUAUGGAGUUGGGUGUUGCAUGUACCAUCUUCGCUUUUCUUCUGUUUCUCUGCUUUCUUCUGUGGAUAUCAAGAAAAGCCCACACAAACACAAAUAAGUUACCACCAGAAGCAACCGGUGCAUGGCCGUUUAUCGGCCACCUUCCCCUCUUAAGAGGACCACAACCUGCUUACAUAACUUUAGGAAAUAUAGCUGACAAGGACGGACCUCUCUUCACCAUCAAGCUAGGCGCACACAGAGCCCUGGUUGUAAGUAGUUUGGAAAUGGCUAAGGAAUGUCUCACAACCAACGACAAAGUGUUCGCCAAUCGGCCCAAGUCUCUAGCGGCCGAGCUUAUGGGCUACAACUUUGCCAUGUUCGGGUUCAGCCCUUAUGGCCCUUACUGGCGCCAAAUCCGCAAGACUGCCACGGUCGAACUCUUAUCCAAUCACCGGCUUGAGAUGCUCAAGAACGUCCGGGAAUCCGAGGUUAAAGCCUCCAUUAAAGAGGUAUAUGAUUUAUGGAAAAACAACAAAGGUAAGUCAAAGACAGUGGAGAUGAGAAGAUGGUUUGGAGAUGUAAAUUUGAACAUAAUAUUCAGGAUGGUGGUAGGGAAACGAUAUGUUGGAGCCACCACGCCAAGUGAGAUGGAAGAGAGUGAAAGGUGUCGAAAGGCGUUGAGAGAUUUUUUCAAACUGGGUGGAGGGUUUGUGAUAUCGGAUGCUCUUCCAUUUCUAAGAUGGUUGGAUUUGGGUGGGCAUGGUAAGGCUAUGAAGCAGACGGCCAAAGAGCUUGAUGAUGUUCUUGAAAGAUGGUUGAAACAGCAUAAGCAGAAAAGGGUUUCUAGAUCUGGAGAGAUUCAUGAUUUCAUGGAUUUGAUGCUUUCUGUUCUUGAUGAAGCUGAAGAUCAUCAAUCUCCUUCUACUUACGAUUCGGAUACAAUUAACAAAGCUACAUGCCUGGUUCUUAUAUUAGGGGGCACAGACACCACAACGGUAUCGUUGACAUGGGCUCUUUCAAUGCUUCUCAAUAAUCGCGAAAUCUUGAAAAAGGCUCAAGACGAAUUAGACCAGCAGGUUGGUAGGGAAAGACAUGUGGAAGAAUCAGACAUGAACAACCUUAUUUAUCUUCAAGCCAUAAUCAAAGAAACAUUGCGUCUUUAUCCUUCGGCACCACUCUCAGUACCGCACGAGUCCAUUGAAGAUUGCACAGUUGGUGGCUAUCAUGUACCUGCAGGCACACGUCUUAUUAUAAAUAUCGGAAAGAUCCAACGGGAUCCACGAGUCUGGUCUGAUCCUUACCAGUUUCAGCCUGAAAGAUUUCUUACAACUUGUAAGGAUUUUGAUGUUAGAGGCCAGAAUUUCGAGUUGAUACCAUUUGGAAGUGGUCGAAGAGUAUGUCCUGGAAUAUCACUUGCUCUUCAAGUUAUGCAGCUUAUACUGGCUAAUUUGCUACAUGCCUUUGAAAUUACAACCCCACUGGAUGAACCAGUGGACUUGGGUGAGACUUCUGGACUAACCAACAUGAAGGCUACCCCUCUUGAGGUCAUUCUCACCCCACGUCUUUCGGUUGAUUAUUAAAUCUUCCUAAGAGUUUCAAGUUUGAUAAUGGAUAUUAUAAAUAAAUUAAUGCCCGUUUUAGAAAAACUUCCAAAUUCCUAAUUGUUGUGUAAUGCAAUAAUAACAAACUAUCAUUUAUGAACAGGCAAACUUCAUUUACAUAUAUAUAAGAAUUAGUGCUCAUUUUCAUGUAAUAA